AUGGACGUAGAUGCGACAGAGUUUGCUCGGAUGACUGCUCUUCUUGGAGGGUUCAUCGUUUUCUUUGGAUUGGUUUCGUUGUUCAUCAAAGAGAAACUAUAUCUUUCCGAAGCUGUCGUGGCACUCACAAUAGGCAUUCUCUCUGGCGAAUAUGUUGCCCAAAUCAUAACUACCUCUGGUUGGGGAUAUUUACCGUUGCUAACGAGAGAUCUGACACGAAUUGCCGUUUCUAUCCAGAUGAUGGUUGCAGCUUUAUCCCUACCAAAGGCGUACACUCUCCGACAUUAUAAAUCACUGUUACCAUUAUUGGGCCCAGUGAUAUUAUGGAUGUGGCUUAGUAGUGCUGCAUUUACAUACUGGAUACUAACAGACAUUCAAUUUGCUGAAGCCCUGUGCAUUGCUGCUUGCUUUGCUUCUACGGACCCUGUUUUGUCUAAUUCAGUGUUGAAAGGACGUUUUGCAGACAAACAUGUGCCACCUCAUAUCAAGAAUAUCCUAUCCGCUGAAAGUGGUGCAAAUGAUGGUAUGGCGCUCCUGUUUGUAAAGUUAAGUUUACUACUGAUCGAGUUUAACAAAGGAGAAGCUAUAGAAAAAUGGAUUUAUUUGGGAUGGUUAUAUGAAAUGGCCGUAUCCAUAAUCAUUGGGUGCGUCGUCGGUUAUCUUUCACGUAAAGCAUUGAGAUUUGCCACGACAAAGCAUCUGAUUGAUAAAGAAUCCAUGCUCGUAUUUGCUAUUGCACUGGCGAUAUUUAUCAUGGGCCUCACGACGGUGCUUGGCGUUAAUGAUUUUUUUGCUUGCUUUGUUGCUGGGAAUGUGAUUUCUUGGGAUGACUGGUUUCGCAAAGGAACAGAUGAAGCACAUUUUCAAGAAGUUAUUGAUAUGUUACUUAAUCUUGCACUGUUUGUGUAUAUCGGAGCAACCCUACCGCUUCCAUCGUUCGCGGCAACUGAUCUACCAGUGGCGUGGUGGAGAUUGGUCAUCCUUGCAUUACUUAUACUCGUUUUCCGUCGAAUACCGAUUAUACUUGCGUUAGGAAAAUGGAUACCGGUCUUCAGGACAUAUCGUGAAGCUGCGUUUGCUGGUUUCUUCGGGCCCAUUGGUGUUGGUGCUAUAUUCUACAGCUCUAUUAUUACCAUCUUUUUCGACAAUAAUCAUCUCUAUGAACGAAAUGAACGCGCACGGGACUUAGUCGUUCCAGUCGUGCAAUUUGUUGUAAUGUCCAGUGUAAUCAUCCAUGGUAUAACUUUACCCGUUGUGAAAAUGGGAAGGCGUAUAAACAUGUCUGCCGCCAAUCUCUCUCGCUUAUCUGCUGCCAAUCUCUCCCGCUUAUCUCUAAUACAAGAGAAAAUAUUAAAACAAACUAAAAACCAACAACUCAACAUUAUUGCUCAAUCUGCGUUUGUCGAUGAUACAAAUGAGAAAGAAAAUAGUCAUGUUGAAGGUAGUGCGAUACAUUUUGGCGACAACAUUAACCAGCGACAAGAAUAUACUAUAUUUGAUGAAAAUGAAAAUAUUGUUAUAAGCGAUAGUACCGGUGAACAUAUAGCCGUAAUACGCGUCGAUCAACCAGAUCCAGAAAAGCGUAGCAGCUUGCUAGCUCGUCUCGGUCAAUGGGCGUGGCAACAGAGAGAGGGAGCAGACUCUUCAGACACAAGUGAGAAUUGGCAAUCAGCAAUCGAAGGUGAAAAUGAUGAGAAUAAUACGAAAGUAGACAUUACUGAGACGGUUGACGCGUCAGGAGAAAGUGGGGGAAAAUAA